AUGGGACGGGCCACUUUGGCGGAGACAGGUGGCGAAAGGUCCGCAAGCGCCUGGGCCCUGUUUAACUCGUGGGUCGCUCGGGAAGGCCUGACGGUCUCUCGGGCUGCGAAGUUCCGCAUUCGCGGGAAGCGGAUGCUCCGGGAGAAGGCAGCGAUGAAGCUCAAGAACCACCGAAAAAGCAAGGACAUUCGGGAGAAGUUCGCGGCACUCGCUCAGGCGAAGUACGAGGACAACCGAAAGAAGGCCGAGGCAUACAGAAAGGCCCAGUCGUUCGGCGAUGUUUCGCCGCAAGUCGCUGCCGACGAGGCCGAGGUCGUUCGAAAAGCAGAAGCCGAAGCCCACCUGGAAGCUGACCUUGCCGUUCGGGAAGUGCAGGCGGACACCUGGACCUGGACUUUGGGUCGUUCGCUUCGUGACUUCAAGCCGGUCGGCCGUGGGGCGAGCGGUGAGGUCUUCUUCGCCACCUUCGAAGGAGAGUUCGCCGUUUUGACGGCCCUGGGGCAGCACCCCAACGUCGUUCGAGCUUUCGCCGUUGUCACGAGCUCGCUGGUCCGGCUCAAGGACGAUCGGCUGGAGAACUCGCCGGCCGGCAGGGCCUCGCUGCUGGGACUUUUUUCGCAGUUCGUCCUCGGCCUGUCCUUCGUGCACGGGCGUUCGGUCAUGCAUCUCGAUGUGAAGCCCGCCAACAUUCUCGUGUUCGAUGACAAGAGAGCUGCCCUGGCCGACUUCGGCCAUGCAGAGGGGGUCUCCGAGAACGGUUGCUCUGUGGUGGGCGAUCGCGUGUACACCCUGGACUUUCGCUGCCCGGAGUGCCUCAUGGCCGGCGGCCAGAAGGCAUGGGUUGCUGGCGUUCGUGUGAAGUUCGCCGCUGACGUCUGGGCGGCCGCAGCCACGUUGUUCGAGGUGUGCUGCCCCAGAAAAGCUUCGCUUUUCUCAGUCCCGCCGGGGACGUUCGUGCGGGAGACCGAGGAGCAGACAGCAAAGGCCAUUCGGGAGAUGGCCACUGCGAGGAGCUUCAAGCUGAUGCCGUACGACCAGACAAUGCAGGACGUCCUGGAGAAGACGUUCGUGCCGGCAGAGAAGCGACUCUCGUUGCCGGGCUUGCUUCGCAUCCUGGACAAAGAGCGGUCGGCCUCGCGGUCCAUCGGCAGGUACUCCAUCGACGAUGUCUUCUUCCUCUGGCAGAGCCGGCGUUCGGCGCCGGGGAACUUACGUGAAUUGCAGCAUUUAGUUCACCUGGAAUUGGAGAUCGUUUGGGACAUUUUCGGCAUGAUGUUCUUGAUGCGGGACAUCCUCUUCAUCCCCCUCCAGCUCUUUGACCUGCCGGAGUAUCAGGCCAUGUCGGCGCUGGCCACCUUGUCACUGUUGUUUUGGACCAUGGACAUUGUGCUCUCUUUCUUCACUGGCUACUAUGAGAAAGGGCGAUUGGAGCUCACGCACCGCAAGAUCGCCUUCAACUACAUCACCACCUGGUUCUUCUUAGACAUAGGAGUGGUUGGCAUUGACUGGUGGCUAGAAACUACAGAGACGGCGGACGGCUCCGAGGGGGUGGCCCGAGUGACGAAGUCCAUUCGCUCGGCGCGCUUCUUCCGGAUGUUCCGACUGAUUCGGCUGAGCAAGAUGAGCAAAGUCUCUGCUUUUCUUCGCGAGCAGAUCGCGACCGAAGCCGGGAUCAUUCAAUUCGGCAUCCUCAGAGUGAUAGCGAAGGUCUUCUUGCUCCAGCAUCUUAUCGCCUGUGGCUGGUGGGGUGUUGGCAGCUCGACCUUCUUUGUGGAUCGCGAAAGAAGUUGGAUCACCGCGUUUAACAUGGACGGACCUGGCGUCACCUUCGAGUACCAGUAUGCCACGUGCCUUCACUGGGCCUUCGCUCAGCUAGGUAUGGGAUCGGUCGAAGGAAUCGAGGCAGUGAACGUGGAGGAACGAGUUUUUUGCAUUUUGGUGGCUUUCACAUGUUUGAUCAGCUUCUCCACUCUUGUCAGUACUGUCACCUCCUUGAUGAGCAACUUGCAAAAGGCCCAGGAUGAGGAGCAACAGCUUUUCAGGGACCUGAGGCGCUUCUUGCAUCAGAACGACAUUCCGAUCGACCUCAGCCAGCGUGUCACUCGAUUCUUGCAGCACGCCUACCGACAGAGGAGCUCACGGACGGCCGACUCCGAGGUCGCCAUCUUUGGCCUCCUGUCAAAGCCCUUGAACGCUGAGCUCCAGUUUACGCGGUACAAGGACUGCCUCUACAGCCUGACACUACUCAGAAAAAUCUUGACGAACGACGACGUCCUUUACCAAGCCGAGACAGUAGCGCAGAAGCUAGCCGUCAAGGCUCUGACAACAGUGCAGCUGGCUCAGAAUGACAUUGUGUUCAACCGUGGAGCGGUCGCAGACACUACGUUCUUCUCCCUGGACGAGAACUUGCGCUAUUUUCAUUACGUCGAAGACGUGGACGUAAAGACUCACAGUUUGAUUGCAGAGGUUGCUCUGUGGACACCUUGGGUACAUAUAGGCGACCUGGUCUCCACUGACAUGACGGGACUGGUGGCUAUCGACAUCGACGCCUUCUGCCGGUGUGUCAGUGAGCUGCAGGAGACGCAUCAACAGGCGAUCUUUUUGGCCCAGUGCAUCGUGUCGGCGCUCAAUGACCUGGACACUAUGUCGGAUCUCUGGACCUAUGAGAUUGAAGAUGAGGAUGGCGAUAGUCCCGUGAUGGACCAGGGGUCAAGCCAGGGAGAGACUUCGCGACUGGAAGUGCUGAUUCGGCGGCACGGGACCUGCGACGGAAGCAGCAUUAUCGCCGUCGUCAAGAUCGGACCACGGCGAAGAAGACGAACGCUGAGAGCCACGGAGUCAGCCUCUCAAGCUGUGGCUGUUGCAAAGGAAGCCCUGCUGGCGCCACAAGUGGUCUCAGAUGCGGAGGAGCGGCUGAUGAUGUUCGUCUCCACAGCGGCAGAUUGGAGGACGUUCAAUGCAGCCGCACGUUUGAUUGGCGGAUUUAUAGUCGGCCCUUACUGGACGCAUGGCCGAUGUUUUUGGCCACGCCUCUCACUCAGCUGA